UUGAUUUAUUUUACCAUUGUGUUGCAUUUAAAACCAGCAUUGGCGAUACCUAUAUAUUGUAUAACUAGGAAACAUGGAAAGUCAUUCGAAAAAGAAGUCCUAUUUAAGAUAUUAUUUAAAACAACGGAUAAUCGAUUACAAAAAGAAAAGGCUGGCUCUUAAAGAAAAGAAGAAUGAGCUGCAGUUUGAAAAAGCGCUUUUAAAAAUAGCCGAAAUGAAAGUGAAGCGUAAUGAGAGAACACGGUCAUCUAGUUCGUCCUCGUCCUUCAGCUCAUCGUCGUCAUCCAGCUUGAUCUCCAACAUGACUUCAUCAUCCCGCAUCGCCUCCCCAAAACCUGAUGAUGUUAUGGUUCAUAAUGAAGAUGCUUUUCCUGUCGGACCCUCUUUAAAGUCCUCCACACCGAGCCGCACUGACUCUAAGAACCCAAGUUCUACUAUAACUUCCCUGGCUCCCGAAAGUCCGAACACCGAAACACAGGUCACCAAGUACGACCACUGUUUGAUACCUUCAAUGGAGUUGGCGGUACAAAUUAAAAACAAUGAAUGGAAGUUACCGCCCCUGACUCGAAACCAAUGUCGUGUUUGUCGAAAAAGAGGAGUUUUGCCAAGCUGCUCGACACACGUAUGCGACCCGGAAAGACUAGACCUUGGAUGCUAUUGUGGUUUUUUGACAAACUCAUCCCUCUCGUUUUAUGGACACAAGUCAACUUGCAGAUUUAAUGCCAACGAUAUGGUACGUCUUAUAAAACCGGAUGAAAAUUGCUCUUCCGAGAAGGUAUCCUCUCCAAUGGGUAGUAUUUCCAAUCUUGAUCCUGACAACAUAAACUCUGGUAAUAUAAUGAAUACUGGUUUGGGUGAAAAACAGGCUUUUGAGGACGAUAUGCUUGAUGGCAAUAUAGUCGUGGCUGAGGAGUCGCUCACAGAAUAUUGGGAAGAGGAUGAAUGCAUCGAAUGGAUCAACGAAGAAGAAGUAGAGAUGGAGGAGUUUGAGGAUGCUAGGCCCACCAGCAUGCCAAGGAGAAGUACUAUGUGAUCGAGCUUCCGGACAUCGACAAACUUAAUUGCAUGCCAUCGACAAACCACCGAAUCAUUUGCCUAAUUUAUAAGAUCGUUAUUAUCUGUACCACGACUUGAAAAUGAUCCAAACUUUUUAUAAUUUUAGUUUUUUUUACAGCGAAUCUUUUUAAUACUAAUAAUAUUCAUGUAUUAAUA